CUUCGUGGGUUCUAGUCUUUGAGAUUUUUUGUCGCUUUUGGGGUGUUGCCCUCUUUUUUCAAGCUUUGGUUAAUUUUGGGCGUGAUCAAAGAUGAGUUAUUUGGGUGUUGGUGUUAGUCCUGGGAAUGUGCCUGUGUAUCACGGUACCAAUUUGAAGGUUAUUGAUAGGAGGGUGAGGCUUGCAGAGCUGAUUUUAAGGUGUUUGAUAUGUGGCUUAGGAAUCCUUGCUGCUGUUCUUGUUGGAACAGAUACUCAGGUUAAAGAAAUAUUUUCAAUUCAAAAGAAAGCUAGAUUCACCGACAUGAAGGCUCUUGUCUUUUUGGUGAUAGCAAAUGGGAUAGCUGCUGCCUAUUCCUUGCUUCAAGGAGUGCGUUGUGUUGUGGGUAUGGUUAGAGGAAGUGUGCUCUUCAGCAAGCUCUUAGCAUGGGCAAUCUUCUCUGGAGAUCAGGUGAUGGCUUAUCUGACAGUAGCUGCUGUUGCAGCUGCUGCACAGUCUGCAGCAUUUGCGAAAUUGGGAGAACCAGAGCUACAAUGGAUGAAGAUAUGCAAUAUGUAUGGAAAAUUCUGUAACCAAGUUGGGGAGGGAAUAGCAAGUGCAUUUUUGGUUAGUCUGAGCAUGGUGGUUCUUUCAUGCAUCUCUGCUUUCAGCCUCUUCCGCUUGUAUGGGGCCAACAAGGGCAAAGGCAGCUCAAGGUGGUAGACUUUUGUACCUUUAAUCUCUACCAAUUAUUUCAACUAUCUUGCUCUGUGUACUAUCCUAUGAGGUUGUGGAGGAUGGUGGCUUUGUUUUGGGU